CUCCUAAGAGCCACAAGUCCCCGAAAGUCCCUCGCCAAGGGCAGUUUUUCCUGCCGUCUAAUCUCAGACGCCAGUGUCUUACCUGCUCAGUGGACCAGGAGGCAAGAUGGCAGCUGGACCAAAUGGGCUGGAGGAGUGGGUGGGCAAUGCAUACCUGUUUGUGGAGUCCUCGCUGGACAAGGUGGUACUGUCCGAUGCCUACGCUCACCCCCAGAAGAAGGUGGCAGUGUACAGCGCUCUUCGGACUGCAUUGGCAGAGAGCGGUAGCCCAGAAGUGUUGCAGAUGCUCAAGAUCCACCGCAGCGAUCCGCAGCUGAUUGUGCAGCUGCGUUUCUGCGGACGCCAGCCCUGCGGCCGCUUCCUCCGCGCAUACCGCGAGGGGGCGCUGCGCGCCGCGCUGGAGGGCUGCUUGGCAGCAGAGCUCACCCUGCGCGCUGUGCCGUUGCAACUGGAGCUGCGUGCUGGCGCGGAGCGGCUGGACACCUUGCUGACGGAUGAGGAACGUUGUUUGAGUUGCAUCUUUGCCCAGAAGCCUGACCGACUCCGGGACGAGGAACUCGCUGAGCUGGAGGAUGCAUUCCAGAAUCUGACUUGCGGCUCCGGGGGCCAGGGUGGCAAUGGGGAAGUAGCUCCAGCCCCCUUGCAGUCCCUGGCCCCCGCUACGUCGGAGAAACCACCAUCUCUGCCACCGCCAUCUGGCCAGACUUUUCUGUUCCAGGGUCAGCCCAUAGUGAACCGGCCACUAAGCCUGCAGGACCAGCAGACGUUUGCGCGCUCAGUGGGCCUCAAAUGGCGCAAGGUUGGGCGCUCCCUGCAGAGAGACUGUCGUGCACUUCGGGACCCAGUGCUCGACUCCCUGGCCUAUGAGUACGAGCGCGAGGGCCUGUACGAGCAGGCCUUCCAGCUCCUGCGGCGCUUCGUGCAGGCUGAGGGCCGCCGCGCCACGCUGCAGCGCCUGGUGGAGGCACUCGAGGAGAACGAGCUCACCAGUCUGGCAGAGGACUUGCUGGGCCUGGCGAAUCCCGAUGGCGAUGGCGGCCCGGCCUAGGCUGGGUACCAGACAAAAGGGUAGUCAGUCAGUUGCCCAGCUAAGGUUUGGAGCACCUGGAUGACCCGAGGGUCCCUUCUGCUGCUACUGCUGACCUGUCCAUCCACAAGACUUACAACCCUAUUUAGCCGAGCUGCUGGGCAGAGUUGACUGCCUUCUCCAGGAGUCAAACAAGCACCCACCAUGCCUGCUGUGGUGCCCUUGGGAAUUCACCCCAGUACCUUGGUAGAGUGUGAGGGUGAUUUGUUGCAGAGGUCGGCCUCACUUCACCCACCCCAGAAGAGGGGCUUCCAGCCAGUCCUUACCUCUUCUCAUUGAACAAUUCAUUAGGCACCUGCUGUGCUUAGGCAUCAUCCUGGGUGCUGCAAAUACAAUGGUGAACAAAAUAGCCGAAUAUUGCCUGCUCCAAGUUGACACUCAGUGUGGGGCUCCAAAUAUUAAGCCAC